GCACAGUGACAGAGUGAGAGUCAACAAGACCCACAAAGGAAAAAAUAAAGAAAAAAAAAGAGGUUUUGAGUGGGUGGAAAAUUAAUAAGUAUUAGUAUCGGUCAGAAAAUUUAUUAAAGAUGCACUUUAUAUGUAAAACCCAAAAAUAUUAGUAUUACAGUUGCGGGGUGUGUGUCUGAAAAUAUAUAAACCUGUGAAGAACUGUUUAAAGAUUCGCGAAGGUUCUUCUUUCUGAUAUGGAUAUUAUCUCUGAAUUGGGGAUCGUAGAGUGCAACAGAGCAUGGCGGGGUUCUUCUCUCUAGGAGGAAGGCAUAACAAAGCAGAAGACGAGGAGGAUCACAGAGAAGACAACAACAUCAACAACAAUAAUAAUAACAGUCAAUUUUUGUUCAGAAACGUUAACGACGAGAUCUACAACACCAACAAGGGCUUCGAGAUAUGGCCACAAUCCUCGUACCACCACAACUUCACCAACUACUACUCCUUCGGUGUGGGCCCUAGUCGCAGGAACAACACCGCCAACAACAGCUCCUCCAACAACGUAAACGACGACGUUUCUGUCUCUUUCUCGGAUGAGUCCAACCGCUUCGGCUUCACCGUCAUGAGGUCCGGAGGCGGCGUGGGAGGCGGCGGAGGCGGCGUGGGAGGCGGCGGAGGCGGCGGGAUGAACUGUCAGGACUGUGGCAACCAGGCCAAGAAAGACUGUUCGCACCUCAGAUGCAGAACCUGCUGCAAGAGUCGAGGGUUUCAGUGCCAGACUCACGUUAAGAGCACUUGGGUUCCCGCCGCCAAACGCCGUGAACGACAGCAACAACUCGCUGUGUUGCAGCAACAAAAUCAACCACCACAGUUUCGUGGAGAUCACUCCAAACGACACAGGGAAAGUAUCGAAGGUGUUGCAGCCGGUGGUUCCCUCGCUUGCGCUCCAGUUCCUAUCACCACCACAGGGUUGGAGGUGGGUCAAUUUCCACCGGAGCUGAACUCGCCAGCGGUGUUUCGGUGCGUCAAAGUGAGUGCAAUGGAUGCACCGGACGAGCGUUACGCGUACCAAACCGCAGUGAACAUAGGAGGGCACGUGUUCAAGGGAAUUCUCUACGAUCAAGGAGUGGACGGUCCUUACGCCAGUGCAGGUUGCGAGGGUUCCUCCGGUGGCGGCGGUGAAGCUCGGCCACUCGCUCUCAUGGCCGCCACAACCACAACCACAACAGCUGGAAACCCUUUUGACGCUUCACUCUACCCGGCUCCGAUGAAUGCUUUCAUGGCUGGUACGCAAUUCUUCCCACCCCCAAGAUCCUAAGGACGUUUCUCUCUCUCACUCUCUCACUCACUCUCUCUCCUCUCUAGCUAAUAAUGAUUGAAAGUUGAAACCGGGUAUUUGUUUUUCAUGGACUCUUAUAAUUAAGGUUAAGGUUGUUGGGUGUUAUAUGUGCAUCGAUCUUAAGUUCUUAACAUCAUCAGCUGAAGUAGCUGCUACUAGCUAGACUAGUUAAGAGUUCGUCACAAAUGAUUACGUCGAAGAUGAUGAUUCACGAAAUUAAAGGGAGCCUGUUUAUUUUGUUUA